AGAAACAUCAUCAACAAACAACAAUAUGUUUUGCUGUCAUCCAAUGCCCCGACAUCAGCAAUUUUUUAUAUUUCCUUGCUAUCUUGUUUACUAAGGAAUAUUUGUGGGUUGCAAAAAAGCAACGACCCAUGCUGGUCAGCACCGCCAGCACCGACUGAUACCUCCAUUGAAGCAGACCUAGUGCGUUUCAAGGCAUAUCGUAAUGAGUUUGCUCAUACAUCUUCAACAUCUGCAUUAACAGAAAACGACUUCAACACGAAAUGGACAGACAUAGUGCAGGUUCUGAUAAGGCUUAAUACUCAUCUUCAAAACGGUGUACCAAAUCUUCAAUUAGAACUAGACAAUAUGAAAACAGCCCCAUUGGAUGAGGAAGCCGAAAAACGCUACCAGCAAGAGAUAGAUAGAUGGCAGCAGAUGGACAGUGCACAAACUAGAGAUAUAGAAAUCAUGGCAAACGAGUUAAAAGAUCUUAGUGCAAACUUUAAGACCAUCUCCGUAGAGAACAGACAACAAUUGGCAGAAAUGUCGGAUAAACAUGAUGAAGUUAUAAAGCAUGUUAAAAGUAUUCCCAAAAACAGUAAGUUAUACUAUCAAGUGAUUCACAUUGUUGUAGCUCCACUUCACGAGUGUAAUAUGAAUUUAUAAAAACAGAUAAAGUCAUAAAAAUCCAUGCUCAUGCUAAUAACGCGUUCGUGUAGUUAUCAGACGCGGUUCAUUCGGGGAUGGGGUAAAGCCACCCC